UGAGCUUCGUAUUCAUAGAGUGGCAAUAGAGUGAAUUAGCAUGAAAAGAGAAAUUGUCGUAAUCAUUUUCACCAUUUUUUCUACUAAUGUUCCAAUUGCAACACCUAAUAGAACGAGGCCUUCUAUGUCUCUGGAUAUCAAGCAGUUUGUCGACACAUCUCAGAGAAUAUGGACGUACGAGACAACUAAUAGAACACACGUUCGAUGUGAAGUCGACAAACGAGAAUCGAUAAGCCGGUUGUCCAUCACAUUCCAAAGAUCGUGCCUGAUCGACGAAAGACGGUGUGACAUGCAGAUACAAGGCAUCUUUGAUACAUUUUACAAAAGGCGAAUGACUCUCUUUCACAGAGAUAUCUUCAGAAGCGUUGAAACUUUGCUCUUCCUGGCCUCAGACUAUUCCUGUGCGGUUUUGAAGAUCGAGUCGCUAUCAGACUGGGACGUCAUCCGUUAUGAUCUCAGAGUUCGAAAUUCCGUUGUACGUAGAAAGCCUAACAAGAGCUGUCGGAAUUUUUAUAAUCGCAUUAUAAAAUACCAACCCUUUUUGACUCUUUACACCGCUGACUGUCAGUGGGUAGUCGCACCUUUCAAAUAGGCACAAAAUAUUUUCUUCUCGAGGAUAUAAUUUUAUGCCUAUUCUCGUAGCCGCCUCAGUGAUUUGUAUCUUAUUUCUGUGUAAAUAUCAAUAAAUGAGACAGAGUUACACUCAUGGCUCA